AAUUCCAACGGCUCUCUGAACUGAAGUAGUCUGUCUUGAGUACCGGCGGCCAACAGAGUGAAAUAUAGGUCUGACAGUCAGUAUACAAUUUCAGAAACAAACCAAUUAGUCCGUCCAUGUUUUAGCUGAUAUUCAAAUUUAGUGAUUAUACUAACGUGAACGUGAGUAAAGCGAGUUUUGUGAAAACCAGUUUUGGGCACACGCCCAACAAUACCCAAAGUGUGCACAAGAAAUAAAUCCAGGAGCGAAAUUAAUGUAAGCACGCGCGCGACCGGAGAGAGAGCGCAUUUUGAAGAUGUUAUCUGAACUGUGCUCUUGUGUGCGCUGUGAAACCAACCCACUCACAGUAUUCAGGAUAGAGUCGGUUUAUUAGGAAGCUGCAAUGUGCAAUGAGCACUCAGAUUUCCCAACACAGUGGGGGCGGGCAGACUCUUCAGCCACGCCCUCUAGGCGGUGGGGGUCCGCCCCCUCCCGUGUCUUCGCCAUUCGGAGGACCGCCUAUUCCCUCAUCAUCGCCAUUCAAUCAAAAACAGCUGAUAGGAUUAUCCUCAGAUAAAAUGGUCGUUAAGACAGAACGGACACUAGUUAAAACUGAGCGUAAUGUAGACGACGGUGUCGACCUUUCCUUCGACACCAGCGUGAAGAAAGAAAAUUUUGAAAUAAAAAUGGAAUUAAAUGUUGAAACCUUGGUGAAAACAGAACAAGAGAACGAAAUGAAUUCUAGUCCAAGAACACCCAAUGGGGGAAGAUUAAAAUUUUUUAAAGAGGGUCGAGUGCUGCUUGAGCUGACCCAUAGAUGCGUAUCCGACGGGGAGAAGGUCAGCUGGGUCCCAACAGGAAGUAAAAAGGUUUACUGGCCCCCUGGUCCCACCCCCCUUCCAGGCCCUGCCCCCCUCACAUCUAGACUUGAUAGUAAUGCUUCCAAUCAUACAGUUACAGGUUCCGAUGGCAGUAUUGAGAGUGGAAGCUAUUCAUCAAUACCGCCACAUUCUCCCUGGGGGACCCCGUCCCCUCGCCCUGUUUCAUGGCAACCCUCCCCUCCACAUAGGGUUAAAUCUACCCCAGUGAGGCUGUGCGAUCCCCAUCAAGAUCUCUUGUUUGCAAUGAGACCCCCUCAAGGGGUCCGGAACUAUCGGAAAAAAAUUAGAACUUUUCGACGAAAAUGUCGACAACCUGAAUCAGACAUUAAAAUCGGUAUGUUCAUCCUAAAAAUGGAAUGUCAGUCAGCUGUGCCUAAACCGAAAAAACGUGUGGUUGUGCCCCAACCUGCGAGUGCUAGAAACGCGCGACUGGAAACCGUAAUUGCGAAAAUCAUAACUCGCAAAUCUCUCGUACACGUUCCAAUUAGUGCCUGGCGGUCAGGUCGAACAGAUCUUCAGAACUUGGUGAAAAAUCCGCCAAGUAAUCCAGGGAGCCCGUCUGGGCCCAGGAGUAGCCCUCUGCCGAAAGGAUAUCCGGCACAUCCAGGGCCCAAGUACCCCAGCAGUCCGGGUAUGCGGAUAAAGUCUGAACUGAAGAUGGUUACAGAAACCUGUACUUCCACACUAACAUCAAUAUCAUCUCCACCAAGACACUCAGCUAAGGUUAAAGCUGAAACCAGAACUGUAACGGCUGAGACCAGAUCCAUUCCAGUCAGAACCUUACCGAUCACGCCGACGGUUGCCCGGGUUAAAUCUGAACCUGACGGCGGUCAUCGUCUCAAGGCUUCGGCGAUUACGUCGUUAAUGUCUCCCGAACUGGCAAGGAUCCGGAUGGAAAUCGGCCCUGCUCAGCAUGAAAGAGAUCAGAGCUUUGUCUCGCCCCGUAAACGCUACCUCAGAGAAUUUGAAAACGGUGGUGGUUCCCCCGCCAAAAACCGUCGACUCAGCACCGAACAUCGCCUUAGUACAGACUCACUAGGGAGCACUGGAGACCGUAGUUCUCCGUACCGAGGACCAGGUUCACCACAACCACCUUCCCGUCCAGGGACUAAAGCUCCCUUCUCCUCUUUCUCUAUUGAUAGUUUGAUCUCAGGGUCCCAGGCCCCCUCUAGUCCGUCCAGGUUGGUCUUAAGGCGGGAGUCCGGUACUUUUCAUCCGGUCCCUCGGUCCCAGCCUACUCCAGGCUCACCCAGCCGAGGUCAUAUGCUGGCCACACCUACUCCCAACCGUCCUUCACCUACUCCUGCCCGGACUCCGCCUCCCCAGCAUUUAGGAUAUCCCUUUAUGUAUCCACAUCAUCCUCUACUAGCACAGCAGGCGCUGCUAGAUCCUCGUCUUGCACAUUUAGCUGCUCUAUCUCAAGCCUCACCUGCUCAUUUAGCUGCGCUAUCAGCCUCCCCUGCCCACCUUGCCGCCCUCUCAGGCGGAUCGCCCUUCACUGGCGGAGUUCCCUAUCCAUUCAACCUGUAUCAGUCUUUCAAUCCAUACCUCGCCGCCUCUACCGCCUAUACGCCACCAACACCCGCCCCGACUGUGUGGACUCCGCCGGUAGCAACCCCUACACCACCUAACUCUAUCUCUAGCCAGCGUGAGACACCCACUCCUACCCGAACCCUUACAUCUCCGAACUAUCCGCCACCGAUCACAUCCAUGCCGCAAACCUCUGUGUACGCCCCAACGGCGAGUAUUCCGCCGCAUCCAGUCAGCGCGCCCCGCCCUGUACCGGUCAACACAGAGAAGAUUCAGGAUGCGCAUAAACAACCUGAAACCUUACACUUCCAAUCCGUCCAGUCACAUUCAGUCGACGAUGCACCGUUAAACCUUUCGAUGAAACCGACCUCUUUAUAGAAGAUAUUUACACAGAGAAACAAUUAAUUCAAAGGAAAUCAAAACAGAGACACGAAAAGUGCCUUUAUGUACCAAGUUGUCUUUUGUUUACAAGACAAGUACACGUGAACCUCUUAAUAUGGGUGAUAUAAGAUAAUAUAAUGAUAUAUAUUAUUUUAGUAGCUUGUAGCCGAGCUUUCAACAUGUUAUACAAAAUCUAUUUUGAUCUCAACACCAAUUAUAGUUUUUACACGUCACCUGGAUCUCAGAUAUUCACAGGGUGUUGCUUUUUCUUAGUUUGUGUCAGUGUUCAGGAUCCACGAGGAUCCGAAUCCUGGAUCCAAUCUUCUGAAAGGGAUCCAACACUAAAUAUUUGCGUUUUAAGAGCAUAACUUUUUUGUUGUUCAUUUUUGUGAUCCAUGGAUCCGCACAUUUUUGCGGAGCAAAUAUGCAAAGGAUCCCGGAUUUUAAGCACUGGAUUGUGCAAUCCCACCCACCCACUCGGAUAUAACUUAAUAUUUUUUGCCGAAGAAAAAAUUUGUACCUUCCUUUCUUAUCUAUCUCUAUUCUAUUCUUUUGUAAAUACUCGUUUAACUUUUCUACAAAUAUUUCAUGGAGGAUUUUACUCCAAUAUUUAUUAUUAUCCAAGUUCUUACAAGAUAGAGCCGGGCACU